AUGGGAGCAAUGGUUGCCGCUCUGAAGUCUUUCUCGGGAAGCAGCAGUGGAGGUGUAGACGGCCUUCGACCUGGUCACAUCAAGGACUUAAUUUCUGCCCACACUGCCGAAGCUGGUGAACAUUUGAAAAUAUCCAUAACAGCUCUUAUUAAUUCCCUUCUACGAGCUGAGAUACCCCAACAUGCUCGCGACUUAAUAUUUUCAGCCAACUUAACGGCUUUAAAAAGAAAAGACGGAGGUAUCCGCCCUAUCGCUGUUGGUAAUAUUUUUCGUCGUCUCGCGGCAAAAAUUGCUUGUAGAGUUGUUAUGAAGGAGACAGGGCAUGAAUUGCGACCUGUCCAGCUCGGGGUAGGCAUACAGGGCGGAUGUGAAGCCGCGGUUCAUGCCACAAGAUCAUUUUUCGAGAAUACAUCACAUGCGCCCCCACGUAUCUUAUUAAAAUUGGAUAUGAAAAACGCUUUCAAUAGCAUCAGAAGGGAUCAUGCCCUGGAAGUUUGCCAUCAACGGACUCCUUCCAUAUUUAAACUAGCUCAUCUUUCGUAUAGUCAUCCAAGUAUGUUGAUCGCCUCUCAUAAUAUUAUCUCUUCUGCUACUGUAAUCCAGCAAGGUGAUCCACUUGGUCCGCUACUGUUUGCGAUGGCUAUUGACGGGGUAGCUCGUUCCAUUGCUUCUCUUUUCAAUAUAUGGUAUCUUGACGAUGCAACGUUAGGAGGACCCAUCGAGGCCGUAGCUGCUGACCUCCGACGAGUUAUUCCUGCUUUAUCUCUGCUUGAACUUGAGAUUAACUCGUCCAAGUCAGAGAUAAUAAACUUGAAUUAUACUGCAGAUGAUUUCGAUGGAUGGUGUUAUCUAAGGAUAUUAGACUCAAGAAUGAGGAAAUUAAAAUAA